AUGUUUGCCAGAAGCACCAUAAGAGCAUGCAAUAAGGCCACCAUAAGCAGGCCAGUCACACGUCUUAUCCACUCGGUACCCAAGUUGAAAAACCAGAAUCAUUAUGAACAGGUCGGAAUCCCAGGACUCUACUCUGCUGAAGGCUUCAAGACAGCUUGGAACGAUCACCAAAGUCAUUUACUAACUAAAUUGAACAACCUCACAGUCGACACAGACAACGAAGCAAGAAUUCCUUUGCACAUUCUCCUCAAUACGGCUACUAAAUCGGACCAAGCACAUAUUUUUAACAAUGCUAGCCAGGCUCACAACAACCAUUUGUUUUUUCAAGCAUUGACCAGCCCUGAAACUAAUCAGACCAAACCAAGCGCCCUACUACAAUCAAGAAUUAACAAGUCAUUUGGAAGUCUAGAAGAGCUCCGCGAGCAAUUUCUAUUAGCUGCAGACCUACUAUUGGGUAAUGGUUGGGUGUUCUUGAUUGAGGGCCCAGAUAAGUCACUUGGCAUCAUGUCCUGUUACAAUGCUGGAACUCCUUAUCAUAUUGCUCGGGCACAAUUGUUCGAUCUUAAUAGAAUUAUUGAUAGUGAGGUUCACCAGAGUAUCGAGGCUAUUUCAGGUGCAGUCAGAUCAAAGGAAAAGAACUUUAAUAUUGCUCUUCUCGCUGCCAACGUCUGGGAACAUGCUUAUCUCACUGAUUAUUCAGUAUCUGGUAAGACUGAAUAUCUUGAGAAGUGGUGGGCAUCUAUUGAUUGGGAUGUUGUAAGUUCCAGGCUAUAUUCUGGAAAUUGA